AUGAAUAAUAAUCAUGAAAUACUAGAAAAUCUUAUAUUUAUAAGGGAUGAUGAUUUAUGUUUAGAUUCAAAUCCAUAUAAUGGAAAAUAUUUUAUUGCAAGAAUAACAGCAGUUCCUGUAUUAUUUGUUGUAUCAGCAAUAGGAUCAUUUGCUCCAUUAAUUGCAAAACAUAAUAAAUAUUUUAGAAUACCUGGUUGGUGUUUUCAAGCUAUAAAAUUUUUUGGUAGUGGUGUAAUAAUUGCAACUGGAUUUAUACAUUUAAUGGCUGAAUCAUCAAGAAAUUUAACAAAUAUUUGUCUUGGUUCUCCAUUUGUUGAUUAUCCUUUUGCUGAAGGUAUUGCUUUAAUUGCAUUAUUUUUAAUAUUCUUUUUUGAUGUUAUUGCUCAUCAUAAAUUAAAUGAAAAAGCUAAAAGAGAUUUUAAUAAAAUGGGAAAUAUUGAAGAUACAACUAAAACAUCAAUAUCAACAUCAUCGGAAGAGAUAAACAAUGAUAAUAAUACUAAUACAUUUCAAAUUCAAGAGCUAAAAGAAAGUCAUAUAAGUAUGACUCGAGAUCUCGAAGCAUUAACUACCACUAGUACCACCAACAUUAAUCAUGAUGAAGAAAGAUCAAAUUCUAAUUCAAUAACAGAAUCAUCAUCACAAUCGUCAAUAAAUUAUAAACAAGAAAAUGAAAGAAACGAUAGUCAAAAUAAUAAUAAUCCAAGAAACCUCAAGAAUUUAGAAUCAUUAUAUCAACAAAUUUUAAAUUGUAUAGUAUUAGAAUGUGGUAUAGUAUUACAUUCAAUAUUUGUUGGAUUAUCUUUAGCUAUUGCAGGAGAUGAAUUUAUAACUUUAUAUAUUGCAAUAUGUUUUCAUCAAAUGUUUGAAGGAUUAGGAUUAGGUACAAGAUUUGCAACAACUCCAUGGCCCCAGGGUAAAAAAUAUAUUCCUUGGGUUAUGUCAUUAGCUUAUAGUUUUACAACACCAUUUGCAUGUGGUAUUGGUUUAAUAGUUAGAGAAUCUUAUCCACCUGGUUCAAGGACCGCAUUAAUAACAACAGGUGUUUUCGAUGCUGCUUGUGCUGGUAUAUUAAUUUAUAAUUCAAUUGCAGAAUUAAUGGCUUAUGAUUUUAUGUAUUCAGGAGAUUUUGAAAAUAAACUGAUAAAUAAAAUCUUGGUUGCAUUUUUUUAUUUAACUUUAGGUGCUUUUGCGAUGGCAUUAAUUGGUAAAUGGGCUUAA